UUGACGCAGCUCAUAACAGACCACCAGGCGCACCGGCAGCCUCUGUCUCUGCUGACUCAGUGCCUUACCAGCAGUCCCUUCACCCCGAGAAACAGCAUCCAGCAUCCAGCAUCAGACGCACUCUCCUCCGGCCAACCCGCCCCGGCACCACCGUUGCAGACAUGUCUAAGACCGCAAUCGCUUACAAAGAGAAAAUGAAGGAGAUUUCAGUUCUCUCACUCAUCUGCUCUUGUCUGUACCCCGAGAGCCGCAAAAACAUCAUGGGCGACUUUCAAGACAUGGACAUCAAGCCCAUUAACAAGCGCGCCUCGGGCCAGGCCUUCGAGGUCAUCCUGAAGCCGCCCUCUCCCGUGUCUGAAGUGGCCCACUGCAUCACCAGCCCCCCAAAGAGGGACAUUUCCCUGGAGGACAUCCAGAAGAAACUGGAAGCAGCCGAGGACCGAAGGAGAUCCCAUGAGGCCAUGGUACUUCGGACCCUGGCUGAGAAGCGGGAGCACGAGCGCGACGUGCUGCUGAAGGCCAUGGAGGAGAACAGCAACUUCAGCCGCAUGGCCGAGGAGAAGCUCCAGCUGAAGAUGGAGCAAAUCGAAGAGAACCGCAUGGCCUACCUGGCCGCCAUCAUGGAGCGCCUGCAGGAGAAGGAGAGGCAUGCUCAGGAGGUGCGCAGGAACAAGGAGUUGAAGGAGUUGAGAGAAGAACUGACAGCGUGAGAAGCUCCAGCGGCCUCCACGUCCCACCUCCUCACCCUCCACCGCCACCCCCAACCCCCCAACCACCCGACAAACACCACCCCCCCUCCUCCUCCUCCCCACCUUAUCCCACGUGUCCCCACCUCUCCACUCUCCCUGCUCCCCUCAUACUCCUCCAUACUUCUAUGAAUCUACCACAGCCUGAGAUGCCACCCCGAGACAGCGGGAGGUUCAAAUGGGGGUGGGGGUGGUAAAAAUUGCAAAAAUGAUUUGGAGAAAAAAGAAAAAAAAGGAAAAAUCAAUGUUUCUUGCCCACGCUUCCCAAAAAAAAAGAAUGUUUUUGCUCCGUUUCAAAUGAGAAGAAAAAAAAAUCCAAUUGAGAAGUGACAGUGGUUUUUGUAAAUACUUCUUUUUUUGUUAUAUACAGUACAAUACAAGCAGCAGAAGUAUUGAUUGCAGUGUGCCAUUUUUAUAUAUAAGUUUCUUCUUCCUGCUUAUACAUAGAUGUAAUUUUCCGUUCAUCUUCUUUUGUUUUUUUUUUUGUUUUUUUUCCAUUUCAGCCUGAGAAUGUCGUCGUUUUGUUUCUUUCUCGUGUGGUAACAGGCUUAGGUGUUUGUUGUGAGUUUGCCAGCUAGCUGAUGUUUUGCUGCGACUGGUUUGCGUCCUCACAAGGCAGGGGGGGGGGCGGUGGGCGGAGGCGCGGGGGGGGUUUGCGGAGUCGCAUCCUGGCUCCGUUCCCUCGUCCCCCUCGAGUGGGCACACACUCAUUUGACCCUGCAGAUCUGGAAGCAAAACUGGAUCUGUGUUUGUGGUGUGUGAGUGAUUUUCCAUCUAGUCUAUGCCAGUGCUCCAAUUAGCAGGGGGACAUGUGCAGGGAAGUUGGCAGAAGGAAAGGGGACAGUUUUUCUUUUUGUGGGGACCGCAAGCCGUCGCCGCACAUCCCCUCCUGUGAGGUAGGUAGUGACUGUACCGCAGGAGAACACUAUAGCAUUUAAUGAGCCCAUCCUCAUCCUCCUUCCCUCCGUCUGCGAACUCUUCAUCAUCUCUCCACAUACUGUAUAAGCACUCGCUCACACGCUCUCCACACGGCUCAGGAGGAGCUCUCUAAAUUCUGUCCAUCUGGCACCGGAAAGCUCAUCGUAACAUCCCUGACAAAUGGCAGGCCUCUUUAUAUUCCUCGGAAAACAAGCUUCCAGUCACGUUGAAAUCACAUGUUACUGUAGUGCACGACGCCACUGAGGUCAAAGUGCAUCCUUAAGAAUGCUGGAGUGCAAACCACUUCACUUGCUACUGUGAAUCUUACAUGGGAGAAAAUACAAACAAGUCCCGGCUUUCUCCGUUAAGGCUAGAGUAGUGCUCGACAUAUUCUGCACCUAUUACUGGAACCAUCGCACUUCACUCCACCACACUGUCAAUGCCACACAAGAAAUAUAUUAAAGCCAUAACAGGUAUCACUGCGACAACGAUUCAUGGACACAGUAUUUCCAUCUGUAAAGGAUGCAUCUGAGUGUAUUAAAAGUAUCUGAACGGUUUGGAGCCAGGGGUUGUGAAGCCUGGGGUUGAACCCCGUCAGUCACGCACGCACAGUUUGGCCUGCGGAUGUGUGCGUGAGUGUGUGUGUGUGCCGCGCGCGCGUGUGUGUAUUUCAAGAAAGGGCGGGUGGAUACCCCAUUGUUUGUGCCAUGUGAUAUUGACCCGGUUGCAUUUAAACCACCACAGUGUAUAACGACUGUCGGAUGUUCCACACAGACAGUGACUAUCCUACCUGCCUCUCUCUAUUUCUCUCCUCUAUCCAUUUGUGUGUUUCCCCCCUCUCCACAUAUAUCUUUGUGAGCAAGCAGUGGUUAAUAAAGAUUUGGGGUUCAGUGAAUGAAA